UCCAUCCCUACACCUUAAUUGCUUGAUUUCGCCAAUUAGUAGUACUCAUGGCUGCUAAAAGAUCUCACCUCUUCUCUUUGAUCACUCUCGGCCUCCUCCAUGCCCUCAUUUCUAUCCUUUCUCAUCCAACAACUCCACUUCAAUCUUCUGACCAAAAAAUAUCACCCUUUGAAUUUCUCAAGCAUCUUCAGGGAUGCCACAAGGGUGAGAAGCUCAAAGGUAUCCAUGACCUCAAAAUGUAUCUUGAAAAGUUUGGUUAUUAUCACAAAACCGAAAACAACACCCAUGCCAAUGAUGAUGAUUUUGAUGAACUCUUAGAAUUUGCCGUAAAAACAUACCAGCAAAAUUAUCAUCUAAAGGCCACUGGGACUUUGGAUGCUGAAACGGUAUCAAAGAUGACGAUGCCUCGUUGUGGCGUGGCAGAUAUCAUCAAUGGUACAAACUCGAUGCAAUUGGGCAACAAAAUGCAUCACCACUCGAGCUCAUUUCAUACUGUCUCUCAUUAUACUUUCUUUCCAAGUGCCCCAAGGUGGCCACCCUCAAAGUAUCAUCUCACCUACAGGUUUCACCUAGGAACCCCAACUCAAGCCAGGAGUCCUGUCACACGAGCUUUCCAAACGUGGGCAAGAAACACCCACUUCACUUUCUCGCAGACUCAUGUCCUGUCAAACGCAGAUAUCACUAUUGGUUUUUUUAGAAGGAAUCAUGGAGAUGGGUUUCCUUUUGAUGGACCUGGUGGAACCAUUGCUCAUGCAUUUGCGCCAACAGAUGGAAGAUUCCAUUAUGAUGCAGAUGAGCGCUAUAGUGUGGGUGCUACUCCUGGGGCAUUUGACUUGGAAACAGUUGCUUUGCAUGAAAUUGGGCACCUUCUUGGACUUGGACAUAGCUUAGUUCAAGGAGCAAUCAUGGAACCCUUUAUCUCUUUAGGAGUGACUAAAGGCUUGCAUCCAGAUGAUAUUGCAGGAAUUAGAGCCUUAUAUAAUGUUUGACACUACAUGAAAACUGUUUAUUUCCGGUCAGUUAUUUCUUUCGGAAAUAAUUAUUUUCUGCUAAAAUGAGUCUGUUUUCGUUGCAAAUAAUCAUUAUCAUCACAAUAGUUCGUCAAAUGCUCAUUUUUCUUGUAGCGUGAGAAAUGUCUAAGAAUUUAAUGGGAGUAGAUUAUUAUAGAAUAAAGCAUUUGUUGCUUAUAAAAUAAAC